UUUAAUAUUACAGGUAAUAUCCAAUACAUUGGACCAAUCAACGGUCUCGUUACAAUUUAACGUAGGAGAAGCUGACACAUAGGCCCGGCGAAGAGCGAGUCCCUGGAAAUUAAAGGUUUUCUGAUAAAAUUGAAAAAUGAAGUCCUCAACUUCGGGUUUUGGACCACAAUGGUUCCUGAAGAUGAGCUCAGACAAACAGGACACCUUGUUGAAAAUGAUGAUACUUACAAUUGCAGCAGUUUUAUCGUUUUCAACACGUCUGUUUUCUGUGUUACGAUUUGAGAGUGUUAUCCACGAGUUUGAUCCUUAUUUCAACUACCGAACCACAAGGUUUUUAACUGAAGAAGGUUUCUACAGCUUCCAUAACUGGUUUGAUGACAGAGCCUGGUACCCACUAGGACGUAUUAUUGGCGGAACUAUUUAUCCUGGUUUAAUGGUAACAUCAGCUAUACUUUACCAUGCUGCUUGGCUACUAAACAUUACUAUAGAGAUUAGGAACGUUUGUGUAUUCCUUGCCCCACUCUUCUCUAGUUUCACAGUACUUGUCACUUAUCAACUUACAAAGGAGCUUAAGGAUGCAGGAGCUGGUCUGAUUGCGGCAGCUAUGAUUGCUAUAGUACCAGGAUAUAUUUCCCGUUCCGUGGCAGGUUCCUACGAUAACGAGGGUAUUGCUAUUUUCUGUAUGCUGCUGACCUACAUGUUGUGGAUUAAAUCUGUGAAAACAGGCUCAGUAUUCUGGGCUUCCCUCUGUGCACUCGCAUACUUUUAUAUGGUUUCUUCAUGGGGAGGCUAUGUUUUCCUUAUCAACUUGAUCCCCCUUCAUGUGCUGGCCCUCAUGUUAACUGGACGAUUCUCUCACAGAAUAUAUGUUGCUUAUUCAACAGUAUACUGUCUGGGUACAAUCCUCUCUAUGCAGAUCUCUUUUGUUGGUUUCCAGCCUGUACAAUCUAGUGAACAUAUGGCUGCUCUUGGCGUGUUUGGAUUGUGUCAGAUUCAUACAUUUGUUGACUAUGUAAGAUCUAAACUGACUGGUGAACAGUUUAAUCUGCUCUUUAAGAGUAUUGUCUUGUUUGUUGGCUCCAUUGGUACUUUAGCUGUUGCCAUAGCAACCGCCCUAGGCAAAAUCUCACCAUGGACUGGACGUUUUUAUUCUCUCCUUGACCCAUCUUAUGCGAAGAACAACAUCCCGAUUAUAGCAUCUGUAUCAGAACAUCAGCCUACAACAUGGUCAUCUUUCUACUUUGAUCUUCAACUGCUUGUAUUUAUGUUCCCAGCUGGCCUAUACUUCUGUUUUAAGAAGCUUACAGAUGCUAACAUCUUUAUCAUCAUGUAUGGAGUUACCAGUAUCUACUUCGCUGGUGUGAUGGUACGUCUGAUGUUGGUUCUGGCACCGGUCAUGUGCAUUCUGUCUGCUAUAGGGGUGUCAGGUAUCCUGUCAACAUAUAUGAAGAAUAUUGAUAACCCUAACAAGAGCAAGGACAAGAAACCAAAGAGAAUUGACCAGACUUACCCAUUAAAACAUGAGAUUGCCACAGGUGUUGUGUUUAUGAUGGCAGCUUUCCUGAUCACUUAUACCUUCCAUUGUACAUGGGUUACAUCAGAAGCAUACUCCAGUCCUUCUAUUGUGUUGUCUGCACGUGCUGGAGAUGGUGGUAGAAUUAUCUUUGACGAUUUCAGGGAGGCUUACUACUGGCUGAGACACAACACAGCUGAGGAUGCUAAAGUAAUGUCCUGGUGGGAUUACGGUUACCAGAUUACAGCUAUGGCAAACAGAACUAUACUUGUUGAUAAUAACACUUGGAAUAAUACACAUAUAUCUCGUGUAGGACAAGCUAUGUCAUCUACAGAGGAAAAAGCAUAUGAAAUAAUGCGAGAAUUAGAUGUCAAUUAUGUACUGGUUAUAUUUGGAGGUCUCACAGGAUAUUCUUCAGAUGAUAUAAACAAGUUUUUAUGGAUGGUACGUAUUGGUGGGUCUACAGAUCGUGGCAGUCAUAUCAAGGAAAGUGACUAUUACACUCCACAGGGUGAAUUCCGUGUGGACAAAGAUGGUUCCCCUAUACUACUGAACUGUUUGAUGUACAAGAUGUGUUAUUAUAGAUUUGGUCAGGUGUAUACUGAACAAGGUAAACCAACAGGUUAUGACAGAGUUAGAAAUGCUGAGAUAGGUAACAAGGAUUUUGAACUUGAUGUGUUAGAGGAAGCGUAUACCACAGAGCACUGGCUUGUCCGCAUUUAUAAAGUUAAAGAUUUAGAUAAUAGAGGACUAUAAACAUUUUACAACACAAAUAUUGUUUAUGUUAUUAGAUAAGUUUUUUAUUUCAUUAUAUAGUUUUCAUGCCUCAAAACAACCUUACUGGUUAUUCUGUAAUGAUAAGCUUGGAAGAUUUUUUUUCUGCUCUAAAAUAAAAAAUAAAUGAGAAAAUUUUAAAGUUGACAGUUUUUGUAUGACUUUUAUGGUAGACAUGAAUGUCAGAAAUUUAACAUGACUUAAGAACUUACAUUCAUAUCACAGAAGGACAAAAAUUUAAAGCUUGAGUUACUUUUGUAACAAUUUUAAAAGUUAUUCUAUAACUUACAUUGGUUAAAAUUUGUCUUAGGCCUAUUUAUAAGAAAAGAAAUUCUGUAAUAAGAGACAUAAUGAGUAAUUCACAUAUGAAAGAAGUAAUACAGUUUACUGGUACCCAAGUUUUUAUAUAGUGGAUUGAGUGGAUUGUUCUAUUUGGAAUUUUAACUAAUCAGAUAUUUAAUAAAAGUUGUUACAAAAUAAUAUUCAUAACAUGUAGUUUUAAGGAGAGAACAUUUUUUAUAUUUAGCUAUUAUUACUGAUAGCUCAGCAAGGUUGUUUUUGUAUGGAAUAUUCUUGAAUUCUUGUACUUUUUAAUUCUUAGACAUUGACAAGUGUAUAGAUUAAUAAAAUAUGUCAGUGUUAAAUAACAGCGAGGCAAAAGGAAGCUUUCAAAGGUUUAGAUAAUAAAAUAUAUUUUGGUGAAAUUAUUAAAUUUCAUGGAAUUUUCAUAUUUACCAAGUUUUAUAUCAGAUAGUUAGAAAUUUUCAAGUUCAUUUUCUUUAUGAUGUGAUUGAGAGGUGUUUUAAGUGUUGUACGAAUAAAAUUGUUGCAAGAUUUUUUUCUUCCAUGACUUAACUGUUUCACAGUUAUUUAAUGCAUACAAAAUAUAUAUUAAAUUCAGUAUUUUACAAUUUUAAUUGUUAAAAAAAUGAAUUUUAUAUAUCAAUUACUUACCAUAUUUCCUGACUUACAUGAUAACUUAUAUUAGGUACAUAUGAUUGUAGUAAAUGUUCAUUAUUGUUUUAAAUUGAAUUACAACUAUUGUUACUGAAUAUAGCGUUAAGUUAAAGUCCUGAAUUCUUCAUUCAUUUACAUUGUACUUUCUAUUUCUUUAAAUAUCUAUCAUUUGAGAUGCAUUUUGUAUGAGACACCAAAAGAAAAGGUUUAUAUCAAAUAAAAUAUUUUGAAUUGUA